AUGCACAUUAGGUAUCUUAGCAACGAAAGUACAAGGAAUAAAACUCGCCCAAUGGCUAUUUCAGCAUCACCUCCGGUGCUGUUGGGUCGGAUUUCAGGUGCUUCCUUUGGGUCCUUCCUGCAGCUGGAGAAUUGGUGCAGCAGCGCAGCGGGUGAGACCCCCGGGCUUGCAUCUGAAAACGCCGAAGAUAGCCGCGCCGAGUUUUUGCAGCACAUGAGCCGGACGUCAUCCCGCCCAACCACGCCGGAAGCACCUGCAGGCUAUCCGCAUCGAGGCAUCUGCUUCGGUCUCUCUCGCCGCGCGUCCCGCCCUGCACGCUUUGGUAUCUUCAAGUGCACCUCUUUCCAGACAUAGUGCGCAAUACGUCAGUAAAUUGCCGUCCAAGAUGCCUGGAAGGGUCACUUCAAUGCGCAAUGCCUCCGCGGCCCUGCGCGCCAGCCGGCUGGCCCUGCGGCGCGCCUACUACUCGAGCGAAGCGAACGCCGGCCCCAUGAUCCGCGUGACGAACCUGCCUGCGCCCAACUCGGGCCACAUCCGCAUCCUCGAGCUGAACCGGCCGGCCGCGCGCAAUGCCAUCUCGCGCGCGCUGCUCUCGUCCCUGCGCGGCGAGAUCGACGCCGUGCACGCGCAGUACGACCCCGCAACAGGCGAGGAGCUCCCCACGCCGUCGUGGAACAAGCGGUUCGGCGGCGUCGCUGGUGACGACCAAAAAGGGCCGACGAGGGCGCUGAUCCUCGCGUCGGCGGUUGACACAUCCUUCUGCGCCGGCGCAGACCUCAAAGAGCGCAAGACGUUCACCCAGGAGGACACCGCCGCGUUCCUCCACAGCCUCCGCACGACACUCACCUCCCUCUCGACCCUCCCCGUGCCGACCAUCUCGGCCAUCUCGUCCCUCGCGCUGGGCGGCGGCCUCGAGCUGGCCCUCGCGACCCACUUCCGGGUCCUCACCUCGAACGCGGUCGUCGGGCUGCCCGAGACCCGCCUCGGCAUCAUCCCCGGCGCCGGCGGCACCUACCGGCUGCCGGCGCUGAUCGGCAUCCCGCGCGCGCGCGACCUGAUCCUCACGGGCCGCCGCGUGUCCGCGCCCGAGGCGUACUUCCUGGGCAUCGCCGACCGGCUGGUGGAGGUGCGCCCGGAGAGCGAGGAGCAGGCGAAGGAGUGGGAGGCGCUGGAGGAGCACGAGCGGGAGAAGCGGGUGCUGGACACGGCGCGGCGGCUGGCGCUGAGCGAGGCGGUCCGGCUGGCCAGCGAGAUCUGCGAGGGCGGGCCGAUCGCCGUGCGCGCGGCCUUGCGCGCGGUGGAGGAGCCGCGCGAGUCGGUGGAGAACAGCAUGUACGAGAGGGUGGUGAGGACGGAGGAUCGGGACGAGGCGCUGAAGGCGUUCGCGGAGAAGAGGAAGCCUGUGUUCAAGGGGAGGUGAUUACUGGGUUUGUCGAGAGGGCGAUGGACCGUUCAACGGUUGGCGCGCAUGAGCACAUCGUACACGACAGGGGCUCUACACGCUGCGAUGAGACGCAUACCAUGAAUUCAGCCGGCGCGCUGAUGGCUAGGUACUUUGGAAUGGCCUUCUGGCCCUCCAUGGACGAUAAGUGUCGAGCCGCCGCGGGAGGACACGAGAGCUGCAGCCCAGCUUGCCGUAACGUAAGGAGCUAGGUACCAUGUAGUUGUGGGCUUCAGGGCGCUCACCCGAAAGCCAGCAUUCGCAAUAGCCCAACUUGCAUCUGAUGGCCUUGCUCCAAGGUGGCUACAGCCUUGGUAACCCCACGGCUACUGGACGUCAUUGAGCAGGCCCCCUCCAGACAAUCGAGGUUGUGCCAAACCCGCCAGGGCAGUCACCGCGCGAUGACAUCAUCGGAGUUCGCCCGCGCGUCUCCCCAGUGAGCUCAGACCAGCAGCUCUUA